UAUUAUCUCUAUAUAUAGAAAUAGAAGUAAAGGGUUGAUAAGGUAAGAAGCAAACCUUUUUCUGAGACUUGAGAAAGAAUAUUUAUGUCUUUAAGUCCGAGAGAUCCUCUUGUGGUGGGAAGAGUUGUUGGAGAUGUUGUUGAUCCAUUCACGAGAUUGGUCUCUCUUAGGGUUGCUUAUGGCCAUAGAGAGGUUACUAAUGGCUUGGAUCUAAGACCUUCCCAAGUUCUGAACAAACCAACGGUCGAGAUUGGAGGAGAAGAUUUCAGAAACUUCUACACCCUGGUUAUGGUGGAUCCAGAUGUGCCAAAUCCAAGCAACCCUUACCUCCGAGAAUAUCUCCAUUGGUUGGUGACUGAUAUACCUGCCACAACUGGAGCGAACUUUGGCAAUGAGAUGAUGUGCUAUGAGAAUCCACGUCCUCCUUCAGGGAUUCACCGGCUCGUGCUAGUACUGUUCCGACAACUAGGAAGACAAACGGUUUAUGCACCAGGGUGGCGCCAACAGUUCAACACUCGUGAGUUCGCUGAGAUGUACAAUCUUGGUCUCCCUGUGGCUGUCUCUUUCUUCAAUUGUCAGAGGGAGAAUGGGUGUGGAGGCAGAAGAACGUAGAGAUGCCCUACUUUUUUUUUUUUAAACUCAUCCUUUUCGUAUAUCGCAUAACCUAAUGACUCGUGUUUAAGCAUCCACGUCAUUGUAAUAAAUCACUUCUAAAGAUAUAUACUAGCGAAAAAAGGAAGUGAUGAAAUAAGUACUGAUGCACGCUGACAUCUUUUGCACUUUAAAGUUGUAAUAAUUGAGAGGGAGGAAAGAUAUGUAUGUUAUAAAGUAGUUUGAACUUUAUACUAUGUAGUAAUAAUAAUUGCGACACACAACAAAUAUAAAAAUUGAAGAUUUUAGUGGUGAC